AGGUGAACUUUAACCAGCUUAAUUAGAAAUGGAAAGUUUCAAUUUCUUCCGCGCAGUUUUUGCCGUUCUGUCCAUUGUUUUCUUGCUCUUCGACGUCCCAUGUCAAGCACAACUAUCUCCUACAUUCUACGACACGACAUGUCCUAAUGCAACUGCCAUAAUCCGCACGUCCAUCCGACGAGCAAUAUCACGUGAGAGGCGAAUGGCUGCCUCGCUCAUUCGUCUACACUUCCACGAUUGCUUCGUUCAGGGCUGUGAUGCAUCAAUCUUGCUCGACGAGACGCCUACUAUUCAAAGCGAGAAGACCGCAUUCCCCAAUAUUAAUUCUGCCAGAGGGUAUGAAGUGAUAGAGGCUGCCAAACGUGAGGUCGAGCGUGUAUGUCCUGGAGUUGUUUCUUGUGCGGAUGUACUGACUUUAGCAGCCCGCGAUGCCUCAGUUGCUGUUGGUGGACCGUCAUGGAAUGUGAAGCUCGGAAGAAGGGACUCUACGACAGCCAGCCGUUCCCAAGCAAACACUGAUCUUCCAAGUCCCUUUGCAGGCCUCGACACCCUCAUUUCUGCCUUUGCCAAUAAGGGACUUAGUGCAAGAGACAUGGUCGCCCUUUCUGGAGCACACACGAUAGGUCAAGCUCAAUGCUUCUUGUUCCGCGGAAGGAUAUACAGCAACGGAACAGACAUCGACGCAGGUUUUGCUAGCACCCGGCGACGCCAAUGUCCGCAGAACGGCGGUGAUGGGAAUUUGGCAGCGCUUGAUUUGGUGACGCCCAAUUCAUUCGACAACAACUACUUCAAGAAUUUGAUGCAGAGGAAGGGGCUUCUUCAGUCGGAUCAAGUUCUUUUCAGCGGAGGAUCGACGGACAGCAUUGUGUCUGAGUACAGCAGAAAUCCAAGGAUUUUCGCAUCCGAUUUUGCCAAUGCUAUGAUCAAAAUGGGAGAGAUUCCGCCUUCGCAACAAAAUGGAAUCAUAAGAAGGGUUUGUAGCGCCAUUAACUAAGUUAACUCCAGGCCACUCAAACUUGAAUUUCUGCAUUUAUUCACCACAUGAUCUUUAAUUAAUUAUUUAUCAUAAAUUGUUGCUUAUAUAAUUGUAUAUCCACUUACAUUUAUCUAUUUUGUAAUCCCUGUAAUUUUUUGAUAGUUUGAACCAAUGUAUUCUUCAUUUCAA